AUGGCGUACGGCGUCGGCCAUAUCAAGCAUCCGCUCCAACCCUGGAUGUGGCUGUUUAUCAUUCUCGGCGUUGCAACUUUCCUAUGGGGGUUUGUCAUGUUGGCGUUCUUGCCUGACAGCAUCUCCAAAGCAAGGUUCUUGACUCGAGAGGAACGCGAGCUGAUGACCGAUAGGGCCGUCAUCGCUGGCACAGGUCGCACAGAGAAGACCGUAUGGAGAUGGGACCACACCAUCGAAUGUCUCAUAGACCCCAAGACCUGGCAUGUCUUUGCCCUCGCUAUCCUGACGCAGAUUCCGAACGGCGGAACCCAAAACUUCUCAAACCUGGUCAUCAAGUCCUUCGGGUUCACGUCCUUGCAGUCAACGCUCAUCAACAUCCCAGCCAGCGUAGUCAGCAUGGUGUCAAUCGCGCUAACCGGCUACCUGGCUGGACACUACCGACAGGUAAACUGCAUUCUGAUCGUUGUCGUUGUCGCUCUGGCAAUGGCAGGCAGUGCAUUGAUCUACGCGCGAAGUCACGUCCCUAAGGGUGGCCAAUUGUUUGGUUACUUCCUUCUUGAAACAGGCCCCGCUGUCCUGCCACUGGUCAUGUCCCUUGUACAGGCCAACUUCAGAGGUGUCACCAAGAAGAUGACCGUAACUGCGAUGAUGUUCAUUGCGUACUGCGCGGGUAACAUUGCAGGCCCACAGUUCUUCAAGACCUCCGAAGCACCUCUCUAUCCGACUGCGUUUAGGGCGAUCUUGAUCUGCUAUAUCAUUUCAGCGAUAUUGGCUAUGACCAUGCGUUUCUAUCUCCAGUUCAUAAAUACCAAGAGAGACCGUGAGGAAGGCAUCCAGGGAAGUGCUGGCUUCUCUGGUAUCGUCGCAGGAGGAAAGGUUACUGAGCUGAACAAUAAGCAUUACGUUGUUAAUGCUGUGAAGAAUGUGGCCUUGGAACCAGAGGAUUAUGAUGAUGUGACAGAUUGGAAGACUUUUGGGUUUAGGUAUCGUCUGUAG